AUGCCAACACCCAAACACAAGGCCUCGACCCCGACACGGUCCCCGAACCCGGCCCAAUCCCCGCCCCGGCCCCUCGAGGCGCCCUCCCACAAGAAAAACCCCUCUAAAUCCACCAAGCUCCUCAAACGGUUCAGGUCGGUCUUCCGGUCCUUUCCCGUGAUCAACCCCCCGUGCAAGAUGCCAGGGCCCGCCCACACGGGGCGGACCCACGACGGCCACAUGCACGGGGGGAGGCAGAUGAGCGGGACCCUAUUCGGGCACCGCAAGUCUCGGGUGAACCUGGCGAUCCAGGAGCACCCGAGGUGCCUCCCCAUGCUGGUCUUGGAGCUGUCCCUUCAGACGGGGAAGUUGCUCCAGGACAUGGGGCUCGGGCUCGUGCGGAUCGCCCUCGAGAGCGAGAAGAGCCCCUCGGAGAAGAUCAAGCUGGUGGACGAGCCCAUAUGGAGCAUGUAUUGCAAUGGGAAGAAAGUGGGGUAUGCGGUGAAGAGGGAGCCAACUGAGGAUGACUUGAAGGUCAUGCAAUUGCUCCAUGCGGUGUCGAUGGGGGCUGGGGUGCUGCCGGUGGAGGGCGGCGCGGCGGUGGCGGAGGGGGAGAUGACGUACAUGAGGGCCCACUUUGAGAGGGUGGUGGGGUCCAGGGACUCUGAGACCUACUAUAUGAUGAAUCCUGAUGGAAAUAGUGGACCUGAGCUUAGUAUCUUCUUUGUUAGAGUUUGA